CAAGCUCCUGCAAAAAGACACCCACCCGCUCUCCGUUUUUGUCAGGGAAUAUGUACCCAUCGGAUUUAGAGAAAUAAGGAAUCAGCAGGCUGAACCAGGAUUGGGUGAAAAUUGGGAGAAGAGAAGGCAAUGGCGAACCCACCAAGGCGCUGGAGCUGCAGCGCGCUGUUACUGUUCGUCACUCUCCUGGGGACGCAGUUCGAGAUAGGAUCCGGGCAGAUCCGCUACUCAGUGCCGGAGGAGCUGGAGAAAGGCUCUUUCGUGGGCAACAUCUCCAAGGACCUGGGGCUGGAGCCCCGGGAGCUGGCGGGGCGCGGAGUCCGCAUCGUCUCCCGAGGUAAGACGCAGCUUUUCGCUCUGAACCCGCGAGGCGGCAGCUUGGUGACCGCGGGCAGGGUCGACCGGGAGGAGCUCUGCGCUCAGAGCGCGCGGUGUCUGGUGAGCUUUAACAUCUUAGUGGAGGAUAAAAUGAAAAUGUUGGGAGUAGAAGUAGAAAUACUCGAUAUCAAUGAUAACCCCCCGCGAUUCCGGGAUGAAGAAUUAAAAGUAAAAGUUAAUGAAAACGCAGCUGCGGGAACGCGAUUAGUGCUUCCUUUUGCGCGGGAUGCGGAUGUGGGUGUGAACUCUCUCCAAAGUUACCAGCUCAGCUCCAAUCUGCACUUCUCUCUGGAUGUGAUAAGGGGAACUGAUGGACAAAAGUACCCGGAGCUGGUACUGGAACAGCCCCUGGACCGCGAGAAAGAGACGGUUCACAACCUUCUCCUCACAGCUCUAGAUGGCGGACACCCGGUACUCUCUGGCACCACGCACAUCCGCGUGAUGGUCCUCGACGCCAACGACAACACACCCCAGUUCACGCGGUCCGAGUACAAAGUGAGUGUUCCAGAGAACGUACCUGUGGGCACUCGGCUGCUCACGCUAACCGCCACGGAUCCAGACGAGGGAAUAAACGGGAAACUGACCUAUUCUUUCCGAAAUGAAGAAGACAAAAUUUCAGAGACUUUCCAACUUGAUUCUGACCUGGGGGAAAUCUCAACUAUACAAUCACUGGACUAUGAAGAAUCCAGAUUCUACCUCAUGGAGGUGGUAGCUCAGGAUGGAGGUGCUCUUCUUGCCAGUGCCAAAGUGCUGGUCACAGUGCAGGAUGUGAAUGACAACGCCCCCGAGGUGAUCCUCACCUCUCUCACCAGAUCCCUCUCUGAAGACUGUCUUCCUGGAACUGUAAUUGCGCUGUUUAGCGUGCAUGAUGUUGACUCUGGAGAGAACGGUGAGAUUGCAUGUUCUAUUCCCAAGGACCUGCCUUUCAAAUUGGAAAAGUCAGUUGACAAUUACUAUCACCUAUUAACAAUGAGCGCCCUAGACAGAGAAGAGACAUCAAAUUAUAAUAUCACCUUAACUGCUACUGACCAUGGAACCCCACCCCUAUCUACAGAAAACCACAUCUCCCUGGAAGUAACGGAUGUCAAUGACAACCCACCACACUUCCCUUAUGCCUCCUAUUCUACCUCUCUCCCAGAAAACAACCCAAGAGGCAUCUCUAUCUUCUCUGUGACUGCCCAUGACCCUGACAAUGGUGAAAAUGCUCGGGUCACUUACUCCUUGGCUGAAGCCACAUCUCAGGGAGCACCUCUCUCCUCCUAUGUCUCCAUUAACUCUGAAACAGGCAUUCUGUAUGCGCUGCAAUCCUUCGACUAUGAGCAGUUGAGAGACUUACAGUUGUUGGUGACAGCCAGAGACUGUGGGAACCCACCACUCAGCAGCAACGUGUCCCUGAACCUGUUUGUGCUGGACCAGAAUGACAAUGCACCCGAGAUCCUGUACCCUGCCCUCCCCAUGGAUGGCUCCACAGGUGUAGAGCUGGCACCCCGGUCUGCAGAGCCUGGCUACCUGGUGACCAAGGUGGUGGCAGUAGACAGAGACUCGGGUCAGAAUGCUUGGCUGUCCUACCGCCUGCUCAAGACCAGUGAGCCCGGGCUCUUCGCAGUGGGACUGCACACAGGUGAGGUGCGCACUGCUCGAGCCCUGCUGGACAGAGAUGCACUCAAGCAGAGCCUUGUGGUGGCCGUCCAGGACCACGGCCAGCCCCCUCUCUCAGCCACUGUCACUCUUACUGUGGCUGUGGCUGACAAUAUUCCUGAGGUCCUAGCUGACCUAGGCAGCACCAGGACCUUCGUUAACCCUGAUGAUUCAGAUCUCACGCUGUACCUGGUGGUGGCAGUUGUCACCAUCUCAUGCAUCUUCCUUGCCUUUGUCAUAGUGCUACUGGCACUCAGGCUGCAUCGCUGGCACAAGUCACGCCUGUUGCAGGCUUCAGGAAGUGACUUGGCAGGUGUGCCCACCUCACACUUUGUGGGUGUGGACGGGAUGCGGGCUUUCUUGCAAACCUAUUCCCAUGAAGUGUCCCUCACCACAGAUUCUCGGAAGAGUCACCUGAUCUUUCCUCAGCCCAACUAUGCUGACACACUCAUUAGUGAAGAAAGUUGUGAGAAAAGCGAGCCUCUUCUAAUACCUGAUAAGAUCGAUGCAAACAAAGAAGAAUUGGGAAUUGUUCAGGUUAGUUUUCUCUUUUGGUAAUGAUAACUGGAGAAUUUUCAUUU